AUGGAGUGUCUGGUUUUCGAGGGGAUUAGAGUGAAUGCAGUUAGGACCUCCCGAGGAUUCCUCUUGGUUUACUCUCUGCGUGGUGAUUUGAUUCGUAGACAGAACGCCAUUUCCAUCGAUGAUUCUGUUACAGAAUUCUGUGCUGACUCUUCCAUUUCUUAUCCAAAAACAAACUUAUGGAAUGAAAGCACAAACUGCUGCUCAUGGGGUGGAGUCACUUGCGACAUAGUGACUGGUCAUGUUAUCAGCCUCGACCUUAGUUGCUCUUUUCUUGUUGGCUCUUUUCCUGAAAACAGCAGCCUUUUCCGCCUCCGAGGACUCAAACGACUCAACCUUGCUUACAACCAUUUCAAUGGUUCUAUCCCUUCUGGGUUUAGUCAGUUAAAUCUAGAAGAAUUUCUCUUGAAUGAUAACUCAUUGAGUGGAGCAAUUCCAUCUUGGCUUUUUACUUUGCCAUCUUUAGAAUAUUUAGACCUCAGUCGUAACAGGCUCACCGGUCCAAUCAAUCAGGUUCAAAAGCCUAAUUCAGUUCAGCAUGUGUUUUUGGCCAAUAAUGACAUACACGGUGAAAUACCAAGUUCUUUCUUUGAUCUUGCAAAUCUUACCCGACUUGAUCUUUCAUCAAACAACUUAACUGGCGUCAUCAAGUCAGCUAUGCUUUCAAAGCUCCAAAAUCUUGAAACAGUUGAUCUUUCAAAUAACAAGUUGCUAUCAUUGAAUAGUGACAGUAGUGUUAACUCCACUUUUCAAGAGCUCAAUAUUUUAAAGUUCUCUUCUUGCAACAUAAGCCGAUUCCCGAAUUUCUUACGAUCAGGGAAAAGCUUGAGAGUUCCUGAUCUUUCCUAUAACAAAAUUCAAGGUUCAAUUUUCAAGUGGGAAUCGGAAGGGUGGGAACAAUUGACCACUUUAAAUCUUUCUCACAACCUACUGACGAGUUUUGAGCUAUUUCCAGGGACGAAUCUUGAAAUCCUUGACCUUCGUUACAACCGACUCCAAGGUCCUCUUCUAGCUCCACCACCUUCAUUGCGAGGAUUCUUCAUGUCCAAAAAUCAAUUGACAGGAAAACUCCCUCCUUGGAUUUGUAAUAUGAUUUCACUUGAGAUUCUUGAUUUGUCUAGAAAUAACUUAAGUGGACUUAUCCCAGCGUGCCUUGGAUAUUUCAGCGAUUCUAUCUCAACCAUAAACCUACAGAUGAACAACUUUCAUGGCAAAAUCCCCGAUUACUUUGUUGAGGAUAAUAUGUUGACAAAUCUUGCCCUUAAUGACAACCAAUUGGAAGGGUUUAUUGCCACGAUCCUUGAUUAA